AUGGGGAAUUUCGACAGCAACUACUUCAGCACUCGUCGGGGUUUGAUUCGAAUUGUGAUGAUAAUCAUCGGCUUUGCCAUCUCAUCACUUCUCUGCAAUAGUUGGUGGGGAGGUCGAUCAUGUUUUAAUGAAACUCGUCUCGGUGGAGUAUCCGCAGCGAAUUUCAUCUUCAUCGUCGUCAAUAUUGUUUUCUUUGUCUUAGCCAUUCUCAGCAUUACAAACUACAGCUUUGAACGUCUGGCUUCACUGGCUGGAGCCAUUGUGUUCGGAAUCUGCAGUGCCGUGAUGAUUUGGUACAUUAUCCAAGAUGGACUUAAUCACACCGUCAUUCUCUUGCCAACGGCACUCGUCGUUGUGCAAUUCUUUCUCUUUGUUUGGGAUUGGCAAAUUCUCAAUGGAGAAGCACACAAU